AUGUUCGUUGCUCUGGCGGGCGGACCGGCGCGCUCACCACUACGACACGUCGAGCCUGUCAUGGAGCAAGUACCUGCUUACCCAGUAGCCAAAACACCGAGCGAGUCGCUCUCUCCAAGCUAUGAGUCUUCGUAUUCUGUAGAAGGUCCAUCAGCGGGGAGAGGAGCGAGUCCUGAGCCUCCGGGUACCGGUGGUGGCUACCUUCCCCGCGACUGGGAAUACCAGCAGCGCAACAAGGAGACGACCGCUUUGAGCUUUAGUGAACAAGCACCAGAUGCGGAUCAUGAGAGCGUGGCGUCUCAAAACAGGACACAACGCGAGGCGGUGCAAACGCAUGGGCGGAGUGAGACGUCACGAAGCGAUACGGGGAAUUGGUAUCUCACCGAGGACGCCAUGGAGUAUUCGGACACUGAAGAUGCUGCAGACUACCGCAGCGGAGGCUACCAUCCGAUCCAGAUCGGAGACGCACUGAAAAACGGACGGUAUAUUGUGCUUCGCAAACUUGGCUGGGGCCAUUUCUCCACCGUCUGGCUAUGCUGGGAUGAGGAGCGAUCUGGGCUGGUUGCGCUCAAGAUCCAAAAAUCAGCCCGACACUACACCGACGCGGCACGGGAUGAGAUCGCUCUGUUGGCAACCAUUAGAGAGAAGGCGCCCUUGCGCGGAACACCUGUUGUCACUUUCCUGGAUCACUUUGAGUUGAUCGGGCCGAAUGGGCGACAUAUAUGUUUGGUGUUCGAGGUUCUGGGACGCAGUCUUCUCUCGCUUAUUCGGUAUCACGGCUAUCGUGGGGUGCCGCUCCCCAUCGCCAAACGCGUUAUCGUGCAUUUACUUGAAGCGCUCGAUUUUUGCCAUCGUGAUUGCGGGAUUAUCCACACCGACGUCAAACCAGAGAACUGCUUAUUUGUGCCUCCACGUGAAGCAACGGUAGAGCUAGCCGGACAAGCAAUUUCGGAGGCUUUGUCUAUGUUCGAACAACGAUAUGGACCUAUACUGCAUUCGUUUGAGGGCCAGCGAUCCUCGAACGCGCAAGUGGAUCUCUCGGAUGUGGCAUCCAAUUCCAAGCCAAAGCUCGUGCUGGAUACACCAAACGCGAAGCGCCCACAGUCCGAGCCCGAUGCACUGUGCGCACCAACGUUUGCUGAACCGGAGCGAGCUUGCAAACCGAAAAGCGAGGGCAUGCCUCCGUUUCGAGCGUGUGCUGCAGUCGCGGACCGGCUUCAGACUCAGAUAUCUGAUCAAGUGCAGUCCGGUCUUACGGAGGAACUGAUCACGUGCAACGAGGACUCGGAUCCUGCUCGUAUACGCAAGACCUAUAAUGCUCUCCGUGCAGCGCUGAACACUGUGGACGCUGAAGUCGCGUCUCAGCGGGACUUGCAAAGUCAAUCGACUGAGCUGAUCCACGCCAGAACCCAAUUCUCGGGUGAAGGGCCUACGCUCACAUCGGCAAGUCUCUCAUCGAUAUCUGAACAGUCACAGGCUUCAUCUUCAAACGCGUCUAUGAAGUUCACCAAGGAUGCGCACGGGGGCGUCGUGUCGCGCUUGGCCUACCUGAAAGAGAAAGAUCCCAUGCGGAUGCAGCAGGCGGACGAUGCGGCAACAGCUUGCAGCGUUGAUUCGGGAUAUGGGGCACUUUCCACGAUGACAACAACGGCAGCGGCGGAUCGAAUGAAACCAAGUGCAGCACAACAGUUGGCGACCGUGAAGCACCCAGGGGGAGCUCGCACCGAGAACGGCGUCGCGGCGCUCAGCGGGUGUACGUUCAACGUAGAGCCGACACGCCCGCUGGCAUGGCACGGCUGGGAGACCAACAGCCGGGUUAAACUGGUCGAUUUCGGGAACGCGUGCUGGACUGACAAGCAUUUCACGGAGGAUAUCCAGACCCGCCAAUACCGUUCUCCAGAGGUCAUUCUGGGUGCAGGCUUCGAUGCAUCAGCGGAUAUCUGGUCAUGCGCUUGUGUGCUCUUCGAGCUUUUGACGGGAGAUUUUCUUUUCGAUCCGCACUCUGGCCGAAGCUUUUCCCGAGACGACGACCAUUUGGCACUCAUGAUGGAGCUGCUGGGUCCGUUUCCCAGGUCGCUGCUGGAUCGAGGCAAGUAUUCUGGUGAGUAUUUCACAAAAGACGGGGCGCUGCGGAAAAUUAAGAGCUUACACUUUUGGAGCCUCUCGGACUUGCUUCGAGAAAAGUACAAGUUUUCGCGACACGAGGCGGAGGAAAUUGCAAUGUUCCUGGAGCCGAUGCUAAGGCUCGAGCCAAUGCAGCGCGCAACUGCGGCCCAGUGUCUGCAGCACCCGUGGCUCUCUGACGUUUACGCAGGCGCAGCUCGGCAGGGAAUGUGCGCAGCAUUGGCGGUAACGGCGACGACGCACACGAGCAGCAUAUCUCCUGAAACGCAGAACAAGUCCGCAGAUGGAAACGACAGUGCUGCUGCCGCUGCAAUCACUGAACAACGUGUUACGCAACUCGCUGUCAACGUGUCUUCAGCAUUGGACCUGGGCCCGUCUUCCGCUGCGUCGAGCUCUCGCGGAAGCAUCACCUCGCCAGAAGCUGCAGAGCGGCGCACGCCGGAAUCCCUUCGCCAGCGACUUGCUGUGCGGCAACAUUCGAACUACGCACCAUCACAGACCAUAUUUGAUAAGCGGUGUUCGUCACUUGGCCGACAGUCUGCGGGAUGUCUCUGA